GCGAGCCUCCCUACUAUGGUGGGAAUGCCUGCGCCGAGGAACAAGACUUCGAGCCGCACGGGCCCAUCUGGGACACCAUCUCGGCAGAUGCACGGUCCUUGGUGACCUCGCUGACGAAGUGGGAGCCAUCUCACCGCCCCAGCGCCGAGGAGGUCUUGGGCCAUCCCUGGCUAAGGAAAUUCGACGAACAGCCCAGCAUCAUGAGCUCCAAGACUCAGGUUCUCAAGAAUCUGCGUCGCUUCAGCAAUACAUCUACCUUCCUCUCGCUUUGCGCCGCAUCUGUGGCACAGCAGCUUUCCCGACGUGGGCUCAAGGAGCUCGAGCAGGUCUUCAAAGAGCUGGAUGCAAACGGCGAUGGCAUACUGGAACUGGACGAGGUUCGUGCUGGCUUUCAGAAGAUUUUGGGCCGAGGCAGCGCGACGCUGGAAGAGAUCGAGGAGAUGUUCUCUCGUUUGGACAUUGAUGGCUCUGGAGCCAUCGACUACACAGAGUUCCUGGCAGCUGGCCUUGGGAAUCGUGUCAACAGCGAAGUAGAGGCCCUCUGGGCCGCCUUCAAGGCAUUUGACGUUCACGAGUCGGACGGCAACAUCACAGAGGCAGAGAUUGCCCAUGUGCUGUACGAAGCAGGUGCUGGUCGUGUGUGGUCGGCAGACAAGUGCCAGGAGCUUGCACGAGAAGUCGUGCAGCAGUUUGACAGAGAUGGAAAUGGCUCGCUGGAUUUUGAUGAGUGGCUGGAGAUGAUGAAGCGGUGCAGUGGUGAUGAGUCUCCCGACGCAAGCAGGCUUUCCGCUGAUGGCAGUGAGCGGUGCGUGUCUUUGUAG